AUCUAAAUAAAGGAUACAAUUUUCUGUUAUCAAUGGAUGAUUUGUUGUUGAUUUCAAAAGAUCACUUUUUGACAGCUGAUUAUAUAGGCGGCACUGAUUUCAUAAUGAAACUUCCGAUUUCACCAAAUCCAAAAUGAGAACAGUCGCAGUCUAUUAGACAGUCAAAUCCAAUUGCUCGUAAAAACGACAUAAAUCAGAAUUGAAUCUUUGAGGUGAAUCAAACUAUAAUUCUCUUUUUUCUUUUCUUCAUUCAACCUUUGUUUCUGAUUUAUGUUUGUAACACGAAUUGAAUAUGCAUUGAGUUCACUAGACCCAUUUGAUUUUCCUUUGAUUAGUUAUAUCUAAUGCAUAUUAUGGUAAUGGUUUUGUGUUAUUAAGAUUAGUUUCUGUGUAAUUUCGAGUGUAUGAUAGAUUAGAGUAAUUUCAAGAAUGGAUUUGCAUUUGAAGAGUUUGUUUGAUAGAUAUCAGGAACAAUUUGGGUGUGGACCUGGGCUUGGUCCUGGAUCUGGUACAUGUUUGAUGAAAAUUGAUGGCAUUGUUACCAAUUUCAUUAGAUCUAUAUACAAAGCUUCUGCAGCUUUGUAUAGAACCGAACCAUGGAAAAGGCUGCGUCCGGGGCAUUAUUUCGGAAUCCGGGUUGGAAAGGAUUCUGAUUGGUCUGCCAAGAAACAGCCUUUUCCGUGUGUUCAGUUUGUUGGAGGUGAUGGAGGGGAUAUUGGUUUUUAUAUGUAUAGAUCGGAAAGUGAUGCUAAGAAAAUGACGGGUUCUAGAGAGACUGUUCGUGUUCCGAAUGUUGAGGUUUUAAGGGUUACUUUUGAAGUGGAGUCUUUGAUGUUUCCUUCGAAUCGAAAAAUGAUUAAGUCAUUGUCGCUUGAAGUAUCGGGGAGUGAUAGAUUUCCUGUUAUUGAUGUUGCUCGGUGUACGGUUGCUGGUGAUCUUAGGUUUAGAAAUCCGACUCUUGAUGAGCUUAGGUUUGUUUAUGCUUUCAUGAAGGCUAUUUGUAUGGUUCAUCCUUUACUUCUGGUGGAUAGGGAUGGUGGUUCAAAGUAUUCGACAAUGGUGUGUUUUGAACCUUUUAUAGAGACUGUUGAUGUUCAGUGGCCACCAGAAGUAACUAAGGGAGGUUAUGACCUUGUUGCUGUUACUGUCUCACAUCCACCUGGUCAGGCAUAUGAUGAAAAAUCUAGUAGUGUGAGUGCUGGUUCAACGCCGACUAAAUAUGUAGAACCGCCCAGGGAGGACACUUUCAGCGACGCAAUUGGAUACUCAAGUACUGGUUUGAGACAGUGUGCAAUGUGUGAGAGAGAAGUGUUUGGAGAACAGUCAAUUUGUUGCGGCAGAUGUAGAGCGGUUGUUUAUUGCAGUUCAAUCUGCCAGAAACAAAACUGGAAUGACACACACAGAAGCUUGUGUGGACUUUACAAGGCCAUGAUGGAAAGGGAAGAAGAAUUAGCCAUAAAUAUUUUCUUGUUCCCAUGUUCUGCGGACCAACCUUGCAAGUGGCUUGAAUCGUUAGAUAUUCACCAAAAGGGUAUGUGGAGGAGAAAAUGCAGUUGCUAUUCUCACUGCCCUUUUGGUCUCCUUCCUGUGAAAGGCGGGAUCCAUGAACAAUGGGGUGAACUUGAUGACAUUGAGUAUCCUCACGACUCUUCAUUCAAUAACCAUUUUGUCUCAAGCCCAUUACUUCUCUCAGGUUGGUCGGAGUACUACAAUCUUCGCUCACUUCCGUUUUCAAGUCCUGUUGCCGACAUACUCUCGCAUCCAUUGACUGUGUAUCACAUACUAACCACUCUUAAUAUAAGCUCAAAGAACCUUAUACUGAAAGGGAAGGAAGUGAUUAUUCAUUACCUUGGACCCGAAGGCGAGUUAGAUUGGAUGCCAGCAUUUGCAGAAGUAGGUCAUUUACUUAAUGGAUUGGGAAAUGUACAAAUAGUGAUGGUGGGACCAGAAGUUCCAACAAAUUUAUCAGGUACAACUUCAGGAAUAGGUAGCAGAGUAAGAGUGAAUCUUGUGAGAGGUGUUUAUCAGGUGGAAGCUUCAUACCUACCUUCUCCACAUGUUGUUAUUGGUCUAAACUCUAGAUUAGAAAAUUAUUCUAGUUGGAGUGGAGCUCUUGAUUUGAUUAAAUCAAUUGGUGUGCCUGCUUUCUUCACCGAUCAAUCUGAAGUUGCAUGUGUGAAUGCUAAACAAGUCCUUCGUAAUGCUGGACUGCACGUCACACAUCCGGUGACUCCGAAUCCUUUUCGUUCGCCCGUGAAAAACCUCAUGCCUUCUAGCAAUCUUCCUUCGUACAGCAAUGGUUUUGUUUUUGGAGUAAACACUUGAAUGCAACUGUCAUAAAAACUCUGAAAAUGAGUGUCUAUCUACUGUCACUGAUAUUCAAGCUUGUAGCAAACUUCACAUUUUCUCACUUGUCAUGUGAUUAAAUGAAACAUGAAUUGUACUAAACUAUGAAAGUCCUUGUAAGCUGUGAUGGAUUAUGAAUUUUUCUUGUUUUAAUAUACAUCUGAAUUAUGAACCCAACAGUUAUUAUUCAAUUUUGUAUCC